AGGGGCACCUGGAGGAGACGCGCAGGACAGGGAGGGUUACAUCAGCUCCACCCUCAGCUCCCAGCCAAGAGGACAUUGCCUCACUUAAAGUCAUGGAGACAACUGCAGUCAAAAGCUUGUACGGACGCUCACCAACUCUGGACACAAACUCAGCUCAUAACCAACUCCAGAUCUCCUCGGAUCUCAGGACGAUGACGCUGAGCCCUGUCUCCCAGGGUCGCCCUGAUCACCCACACCGGUUUGAUGGCUGGUCACAAGCCCUGUGCUGUGAGAGCUUCUCGUCGGGCCACCACUACUGGGAGGUGGACGUGGGGGACGCGCGGUGGUGGCGGGUUGGAGUCGCGUACGGGACGAUCCCACGGAAAGGGAGUGGUGCUGCAUUGCAGCUGGGAUGGAACAACGCGUCCUGGUGUUUAGAGAAAUAUGAUGACAACUUCUCAGUGGUUCAUGGUGGAGUGGAGACUGCACUGUCGGUGAGUGGGGCCCCCUCCCCCCGCAGAAUCGGGCUUCACCUGCACUGGGAGGGGGGGCUCCUGGCGUUUUACCGCGCCGACUCCAUGGAGGUGAUCCGCGAGGUUCGGCAGAGAUUCUCGCAGCCUCUCUACCCUGGGAUGUGGGUGCCGUAUUGUAAUGAUCGAUUGGAGAUCGUGGAUCUGAGUCGUGCAUCCUGAGGAUGAUGAGAGAUAGAAACCCAAUAAAUGGUGGAGAGGGUGGAUGGUGAGGAAAGGGUGAAGUGAGGGUGAGGGGCAGGUGGAACGGAGGGUGAGGUUAGGUUCAAGUUCAUGUAUUAGGUAUAGCCCUGUGACCCAUUCGGCUCUUGAAUCGGGUGCAACCGCAACAACAACAAAAAAAUGAACAAAAACAUCUUAAAGUGAAUAUGUGACUGAGUGCAAACAGAAAUCCGAUAAAAGACAGCAAAACAUUGCAGAAAAAAAUCACCGUACACCAACGCUGUGUGCAAAAAUCCCAGUGGGAUGCAGGUCAAACAACCAACAACAACCACAAGACAGCUUAGAUUAAGGCCAUCAGUCUAACUCUGUACUACAACAAACAAAGUGGCUAAACCAAUAUACUUUUCGAAAUCACCAAAAUAAAGCCAUGAAAGCAAUGAAACAGUGAUCAUAGGAACUGUGAUGGAAUUUUCACAAUAAAUGGCAUAAACAACAUGUACCCCAUCAUGGGACCUCCUUUGCCAGUACCAAAACAUACUAAUAGGGGUUUUUCCCCUUUUUUUCUGGCAACAAAACUGACACCUUUUGCAAGGAAUAAUGCUUACAUUAACCACAAUACUUGCAGUCAAAUGCAAACAAAAAACAAUACUCAGAUGGUGUCGAACACCAUAUGAAACUAGGCUCCAAAGAAAGCUGUCUCUGGUGUGGACCAAUCAGUUUCAAAGACAAUGCAUAAAUGAUCAGAGUAUUGUUCUGUGUUUGCAUUUGACUGCAAUUAUUGUGGUUAAUGUAAGCAUGAUUCCUUGCAAAAGGUGUCAGUUUUGUUGCCAGAAAAAAGGGGAAAAACCCUUAUUAGUAUAACAUGGAACCCAAU